UUGGUGGAUAUCGAGUGGGUGCGGCACAAAGAGAUCACGUGCACAUUCAACAUGCACAUUUCGAUACCCAAAGCCAUCAUAUAUAAGAUUUUGCAUGCGAGGGUUUCAUCAGAUUGACGACGUGGCAUUCAGCCUUUGCAUGCUUUCAUUUACGAAGUCUGCUCGCAAACGUUGAGCUGUACUUGGACGGGAGUGCUUGCAUCCUUUACAGUGUAUAGCCCGCCGUUCUGCCCAGAAAGUUUGUUUGAAUGACAUGGCAACCCAGAGCGAUAUAAUCACCAAGGCGUGCAAUGGGGCACUGGAAGAAAUCCAGAAGAAAGCUCCUGCAGAGUACGCCAAACUGAAUGCUGAUCCUGAUAAAAAGGCCAAACUCAUUCAAGCUGCAAACUCCGCAGCGACUGAAUGUGUGAAACUGGCCGAGGAGUUUGCCGACAAGCCACACGAGAACAUUGCCGAACGACUUGCAAAACACCUGUCCGGAGAGAGAAUCAAGCUGAUUCAAGGGGGACUAAGCAUUCCAACCUUCCGGAUGGACAUAACCAAGAGUGCUGGAAACUCUUUGGCACAGUUCACCCGUGGUGGGGAGCAGUUUCUUACCGCACGAGCACUGGCAACAUCUGUUGACAUCGACUGGGCGACCAUCAAGCAGUAUGGCAGUGUUCUUGUGGAAGCCGUACUGCUUGUUAUGUCAGCUGCGGGAAUAUCAGUCAGUCCAAGUUCAAAGGUGAUUGGGCGCGCUGUUGAGGAAGCAGUUGACGCGAUCCAAGCAUCCUCAAAAUUGCAGAAGGCGUUGGAAGUCUUUGUCGAAGCCUGGAAUGAAGGUGGUAGUGCCUUCUCGAAAGCUAAAGCACUCUUCAACCUCAUCAAAGACAGCUACGCCGCAGGCAUCCUCUGGACCAUCAUCAAGACCGUAUGCAGCGAAAUGGCUUGGUAUGAGUGGCUUGAAGCUGCAGCUAAAGUUACCGCCAUGAUUAUAGCUGCUCUGGCUACCGACGGGGUUGCUCUGAUAGCUGAGAUUGCCCUCAUUGUCCUUGCGGCUGUGGACUUCGCAAGGAAGAUUGCUAACAUUGUCGUGCUCUCCGAAUUGAAACAAAGCCUGUAG